UGUACCCCUGUGGGGAGUUUGUUAUGGCCAUGGCGCUGCUUAGGCCAGGAAGACGGAGCCCAAGGAGAGAAUUAUAAAUCAACAUAGUGGACAAGUUCCCUAUUUUCCAAAACUACAUAUGAUCUAGUUUGGGAAUCAUUACUAACUGCCAAUGAAAUUAAAAUGUGAUUUUAUUGUGAAAUGAGCCAUGACACUUUGGAAACGUUUAGGACAGAAUGGGUGAGUGAAAUAAACAAAGACAUUCAAGAUACAAACAACUGGGAUGCUCGUCAGACUGUUUGUGAACAUUCCAGAGCACAUGAAGAAGAAUGUCAUACAAGAGAAAAACUAAAAAGAAAAUAUGAACCUGGUAUAGAAGCUGAUGGCUUGAUAAAAGCAAAAAGUUUCAGUUCAAAAAAUACAGACAAGCUUAAUCUGGAAAAAAAUGGAAAAAAAGAGAACUUGUUGGACAUUUUGAUAGCCGAUAUUGACGAACUGGUUUCUCUUCCAUUCUUUGAUCUUGAACUUCCCAAGGAAAUUGCCAUCAAGAUUUUUAGCUUCCUCUCUAUAAGAGAUCUUAUAAAUUGCGCCUGUGUGAAUAGCAGCUGGAAGAUUCUUGCAGAUGAUGACUUGAUUUGGUACAACAUGUGUAAAAAAUAUGGAUAUGCUGAUGACACAACAUGUGUUUUAGAUAGAGAAGACUGGAAGAGUAUUUUCAAAUUGGAGUUUCAAAAUGACAAAAAGUUCAAACUGAAUUGGAAACAAAGAAUAUGUCAGACAUCUGAGCUUGAAUAUGAAAAAGGAGGCAUUCUAUAUGCAGCUUCAAUUUUCAAUGAUCAGGUCAUCACAGGCUAUGCCAAUGGAUUGAUUAAACUAUGGGAUAUCUGCAAAGACUCACCAACAGCCUCAUUUGGAUCCCUUUUGGCUGACUCUGAACCAGACAACACUAUUGAUUCUUCAAUCAAUUGUGUCACAAUGAAUGGUUUUAUAUGUGCUGUUGGCUAUAAUAGUGGAGCUAUAAAAAUCUGGCAAAAUGGACUGAACUUCUCAUUGAUUGAUUCAUUCAGAUUGGAUUCAAGGAUAGCUGCUAUUCAUGCAAGUGAAAGGUCACCAUCAGUUCUUUCAGCAUCUGGUAACAUAUUUAGAAUAGAUGCAUCUGAUCAAAAUGGUCAAUGGAAAACUGUUUGCCAACAGAAAGUUGAUCAAAAUAUAAAAUCUGUGCACUUGUAUGGUGGUUGUGAUGAUGUAUCAGUGAUUCAUACACAGAACUAUGUUGAGAUAUACUGUAAAGAUGGCAUGAAGCAUCAGCUUGAAAAAACCAUAUCUGCUGAAGUUUCUUGUAUCUGCUGUCAAGAGAGCACUGUAGCUGUUGGCAUUACACCAUUAGACUUCAGUAUUCUUGAAGGAUACAGGGUCAAGACUUAUUCAAUUUGUGACGGACGUAUGCACCAUCUAAUGAAAGGACCACAUUCUAAGGUUUUAUGCCUGUGUGGAUUUGCAAACGAAAACAGUUUGCUGGCUGUUGGAUGCUCAGAUAAAAGAAUCAGGAUUCACGACGGCAGACUGGAAGAACCUGUCAUUACUCUAAGGGGGCUUUCUGCACCACCUUGUUCGUUACAGAUUGACGAAUGGAAAGUUGUAUCUGGUGACACAAAAGGGUUUAUUUCUGUGUGGGACCAGCGCAGUCGAGCUUUGCUGUGGCAAACAAGUACCAGGCAUCCUGUGCGGAUUUGCAAACUGAGCGGGCCUUGUCUGGUUUGUGUAAGCAUACCAACCGAUAAGAACCCAAGGGAGACAUUGUGGUAUGCAGAUGAUUUGAUACAGCACAGAAGGCAUCGAGGAAACAUCCGCAUCUUUGACUUCGCAGUUGAGAAUAACACAAUGGGUAUACCCGAUAUAUGCCAGUCGAGUUAUGAUAAUUAUGAAGGAUACAAUUAUAAUAUUAAUUUAGUAACGCCAUAUGACGAAAUUUCUGAAAUUUAUAUAUGAUAUUUAUGAUAAAAAGCACUCAGAAUUGUC